CCAAUUGUUAAUUGAUUCUUUGAAAUUAUACAAGGAGUAUAAAUAAUAAUUGUAUAGUGUGUAUCAUUUUCAUAUAAUGUAUAUGGUAGUGGUGAAAGUUCUUGUGAAAGUUCUGGUUUGUCUUGAGAAGGUUGGUCUUGGGCUGGUAUUUCUUUUUCCUCUUGUUCCAUUAUGCUUAGAAAAUCUUGAACUUCUGGUUUAUUUAUUUCUAAUGCUAAAUUUUCUGAAAGUUUUUUUGCUUUAUUAUCUUAUGCUAACUUGAAGAUAUUGGGAUCCUGUAAUGUUACAUCUAAUUAGGACCCCACCUACUACUAAGAUAUAUCACUGGUAGAAAUUUCACUUUCAUAUGAAACCUUACCUUAGGAUUUGCUUAAAUUCUAUUGGUUAAUUAACU